AUGGCGAUCGAGGGCUACUCCAUCGGCAGACUGGGAGACGACGAUCUCCUCGUAGAAAUCCUUAUCCGCCUUCCGGACCCAAGAUCCGCCUUCCGAUGCAAAUCCAUCUGCAAGCGGUGGAACUCACUCAUCUCCGCUCCCUACUUCUCCCGCCGCUUCCUCUCACACCACCGGGCCCUGUCCGCCGCCGCCGCAGCAGAACCGCCUCUUCUGAUUUACCUAGAAGAAUAG